CCCAGGCUGCAAUGUUGCUGGUCUUCAAUUGACUUGGUCUGUAUGGUAAAUGGUGUUUUAACAUGCUUUCUGUCAAUGAGCUUUGCAGGUACAGUUAUCUCUUCAAGUGUAGUCGUCCUAUCUGUCAAUGAUGUAAGGUCGUCAACUGAUCGUUUGUUCCUGUUGGUUUUUUUUUCCCCCGGGAUCAUCCACCACCGCGGUAUGCACGAGAGUAAGGCUCUAUACCAAGCCAUGCUGGAGUAAUCAGGCACUUAUUAUGAGAUUAGAAAGUCCAGUGAAACUCGGAAAUGGUUCG